AGGCACCUAAGAUCGGGCAUAAAGCCCUAAAAUGAACAUAUACACAGUAAACGAGACAGAAAAGACAUACGCACCGUUUAAAGAUACAUUCGAAUUUCGAAAGCAACACAAAUCGUGCCUUCAAUGCAAAGAUAGCUUGAAGUCGUGCAGAGCGGCGAGCAACGGAGUCCAAAAAUCACAUGAUGCACUGAUUGAGGGCCUUAGGAUUUUUUGCCGCAUCGUACCGCAUCAGUACCGCACCCUACUUAAUAAUGGCAUGGGCCAGAACUGGAACACGUUCAACAUUGGCUUCCAAUUUCGUGCCAAGGGCCUGACGACGGUAUUGGAUUCGACGUCUGAGAAAUUCCUCUUCGGCCAGGUGAUGCGCCAGUCCCAACAACCCAAUCAGGGCAGUAACGCUACCAUCUAUCUCGACUUUGCCUCCCUCGGGCGCCUGAAGUGUGGUCCUAUCUAUUUGGUCCGACGGGCGCACCCCUGUAAACGUCACCCCGUCACCCCAGCCGCAAAUGGAAGUCCAUCACGCGUCACCCCGUCACCCUCGCUUAUCCAGUAUCUUGGGCAUCACCCUCCCUUAUUUAGAUCCAUAGGCGUCACCCUCCCUUAUCCAGGCGUCACCCCGUCACCCUCCCUUAUUUAG